AUGAAAGGAUUAACUUUGAACUGUUUAGAAAAAGAAGAAGCAUAUGAAUUUGUUCGUAAAGGACUUCGUAAUGAUGUCAAGAGCCAUGUCUGUUGGCAUGUAUAUGGACUUUUGCAGCGUUCUGAUAAGAAGUAUGAUGAAGCUAUUAAGUGUUACCGAAAUGCCCUCAAAUUAGAUAAAGAUAAUCUGCAAAUUUUGAGAGAGCUCUCACUGUUGCAGAUUCAAAUGAGAGACCUUGAAGGUUACCGAGAAACAAGAUAUCAACUUCUUCAGUUACGCCCAACACAACGUGCCUUCUGGAUUGGAUAUGCUAUUGCAUACCAUCUGCUGAAGGAUUAUGAUAUGGUUAAGCUACUGGAAGAAUUUAGACAAACUCAGCAAGUUCCUCCCAAUAAGAUAGACUAUGAAUAUAGUGAACUCAUUUUAUACCAGAAUCAGGUGAUGAGAGAGGCAGAUCUAUUUCAGGAAUCUUUGGAACAUACAGAAACAUAUGAAAAACAAAUAUGUGAUAAACUUUUGGUAGAAGAAAUUAAAGGUAAGGAAAUGUUAUUGAAAUUGGGAAGACAUAAAGAAGCCAGUGAAGUAUUCAAGAACUUGAUUGAUCGGAAUGCAGAAAAUUGGUGUUAUUAUGAAGGCCUGGAAAAAGCUCUGCAACUUGGUUUCUUAGGACCUUUCCUCCCCUAUGGAACUUUAGAAGAGAGGCUUCAAGUUUAUGAAGAAAUUAGUAAACAGCAUCCCAAAGCAAUUUCACCUAGAAGAUUACCUUUGAAUCUUGUCCCAGGUGAAAAAUUUAGAGAACUAAUUGAUAAGUUCCUGAGGGUUUACUUCAGUAAAGGCUGUGCACCCUUGUUCACUACUUUGAAAUCUUUAUAUUACAAUACAGAAAAGAUUUCUAUAAUCCAGGAACUUGUUACUAACUAUGAAGCCUCUCUUAGACCGUGUGACCUUUUUAGCCCUUGUGAGAAUGGGGAGAAGGAACCCCCAACAACACUCCUCUGGGUCCAGUAUUUCUUGGCACAGCACUUUGAUAAACUUGGGCAAUAUUCUUUGGCUUUAGAUUAUAUUAAUGCUGCAAUUGGUAGCACUCCAACAAUAAUUGAAUUAUUUUAUAUGAAAGCCAAAAUUUACAAGCAUAUAGGUAAUCUCAAAGAAGCAGCAAAAUGGAUGGAUGAAGCACAGUCUUUGGAUACAGCUGAUAGAUUUAUCAAUUCCAAAUGUGCAAAAUAUAUGCUUCGAGCAAAUAUGAUAAAAGAAGCAGAGGAAAUGUGCUCCAAAUUCACAAGGGAAGGAACUUCUGCCAUGGAAAAUCUAAAUGAAAUGCAGUGUAUGUGGUUUCAAACAGAAUGUAUUUUAGCUUAUCAGCGUUUGGGGAAAUAUGGGGAUGCCUUGAAAAAAUGCCAUGAAGUGGAAAGGCAUUUUUUGGAAAUAACUGAUGAUCAAUUUGACUUCCAUACAUACUGCAUGAGAAAAAUGACUCUUCGUGCUUAUGUUGACCUUUUGAGAUUAGAAGAUGUACUCAGAAGACAUUCCUUUUAUUUCAAGGCUGCUAGAUCAGCGAUUGAAAUAUACCUGAAAUUGUAUGAUAAUCCAUUAAGUAAUGAAAGCAAACAACAAUAAAUAAAUUCAGAAAACCUGUCAGCUAAAGAGCUGAAGAAAAUGCUUAGUAAACAGAGAAGAGCUCAGAAGAAGGCUAAAUUAGAAGAAGAAAGAAAGCAUGCAGAAAGAGAGCGUCAACAUAAGAGUCAAAAGAAAAAGAGAGAUGAUGAUGAAGAAGAAGCCUGUGGUCAGAAAGAACUUUUACCUGAAAAGCUAGAAAGGAUGGAGGAUCCACUAGAGGAAGCUAUCAAAUUCCUAAUACCUCUUAAGACCCUUGUUGCUGAUAACAUUGAUACUCAUCUAUUAGCAUUUGAAUUUUUUUUUUGGUUUUUGGUUUUUGGAAAAUUUUUAUUAAUGUUGCAGUCUGUCAAACGAGCUUUUGCCAUCAACAGUAAUAACCCGUGGUUGCAUGAAUGUUUAAUUAAAUUUUCUAAAUCUGUGUCUGAUCGUAGUAACCUUCCAGACAUUGUGAGCAAAGUUCUUUCUCAAGAAAUGCAAAAAAUAUUUGUUAACAAGAAUUUGGAACGUUUUAAUGAGGAUUUUCUCAAACAUAAUGCUACCUCUCUUCAACAUUUACUUUCAGGUGCUAAAAUGAUGUAUUUUCUGGAUAAGUCAAGACAAGAGAAAGCAAUUGCUAUUGCCACUAGACUGGAUGAAACUAUAAAAGAUAAAAAUGUUAAGACUUUAAUCAAGGUUUCCGAGGCAAUGCUUGAUGGAAGUUUUGGGAACUGUAAUUCCCAAUAUGAAAAAUAUAGGAUGGCCUGUCAUAGCUUGCUUCCUUUUACAUCUGUUUUCCUGCCUGCUGUGAAUGAAGUUGAUGGUCAUAACGUGGCAUUAAACUACAUUGCUAACUGUGAUGUUUUGGCAAAUGAAAUUUGAAGCUCAUCAGAAAUUGACUUCUAGAAUUCAAAGCUGAAUUCAGACGAGGGUUUCCUUUUCUGGGAUUAUUGUAAUAGAGAUAUGGAAUGAAAUAAUGGGGUAUAAUUUUUAAAUGGGGUAUUCCAUACAGUUCUUUAUCUGACUGCCCAAUUUACAUAAAUAUCAGUUAAAAUUAAUUGUUUGUACUUGUACAGUUUCUUAAGGUCUGAAAUUAUUAACAUGUGAUAGGUGCUGUUACUUUUAUAUCAUAAAUAUGAAAAUUCCUUUUUAAA